AUGGAUAUCGAUUCAUUCGAACAUCUAACAACCCUAAUCGGACCUUUACGAUUGAAGAGAUGUGGGUUAACACAGGAUUUGACAAUCUUCGUCGUUUACGCGCCGGCAUCAAAUUAUGACGAAGAAGAAGUUGAAGCGUUCUAUAUGGACUUGGAGAAAUUCAAUAGAGAAGACCAUAGAUUCUUCAAAGUUAUCACUGGAGAUUUUAACGCCAAGAUUGGACCAAGAAAAACGCCUGAAGAACGUCACAUUGGGACCCAUGGAUUAGAAAGUAACGAGCAGGUUGAGAGGCUGCCCGAGGUCAUCAUAUCGACCGAAACAAUUCAUGGUAACUCGCAAUUCCAGAAGCCCCACCCUCAAUACUGGACGUGGGAGUCUGCCAAUGGAGAGUCCCGCAACGAAACAGACCAAAUCAUGGUAAACUGA